AUGCCGCCAACACGAACACAGAGCAAAAAUAAAUCAUUUUCUCCGAACAAAUCCACAGUAGUAGACUUUGUUACAGGGUUUAUUCUAAUCAACCAUUUAGGUAAACUAUUAAAAAAGUGUGCCAUACCUUCAAUAGAGGAAUUACGUCAAAGGUGCAAGAAAAAAACUAGACAAUAUUCAGCUUUUAUGGUCUUCCGAUGUAUUCUGUCACCUAAUUUUAAGCUCAAAUAUGGAGAAGCUAGCAUAUUUUAUGGAAAGCUAUGGUCCAAAGUAACACCAACUUUGAAGGCGGAAAUGACUUGUUUGAGCGAAACAGUAAAGUCGAAAUUGAAAGAAAACAUUGUGUUUAAACAUUAUAAUCAGGAUGGUAAAAGCAGCACGGAUGAUAGUAUGGCGGAUAGCACUACUGAUGCAAACAGCAUAACUACGGAUGAGGCUUCUAGUAUCGAGAGAGAAUUUUCUAAUGAUUCCAAUACUUUCGCCGGUGACGCCAGCAAUGAGUACGUUGAUACGCACUUCAUUGAUCAUACAAACCCCCCCCCUUUACCCCUUUGA